UGUGGAGGGAGUUUGGGGAUUCCCCGUGUUGUUGUCCUGGGGCCCCGCGGGAUGGGAGCCCGCAGCGCGGGGCGGCGCGGCCGGUGCUGAUGGCGGCUUGCUGGGCAGCCCGCGGCUCCGAGCCGGCGGUGGAUGAGUUCACCGUUCCUGCGGAAAAGAGUCGUCUCCUGGAGGGGAGUCGGGACCGCAUCGAGGGCUUGUUCGAGGUGCGGCUGGCCGUUCUGGAGGCUCAGGGGGACUGGCGGCCAGUAAUUGCGCCUCCCGCCCCCUCCAGGAUCUGGGUGCAGCUGAAGGGCUGUGGGAAGGCUGUGCGCAGUGCCAAGGAGUACGUUAAGGGACUCUGUGAACCUGAACUAGAAGAAAAGGAAUACUACCCAAAGGACAUGCACUGCAUCUUUGUUGGGGCACAGAGCCUGUUUCUCAACAGUCUUAUUCAGGAUACCUGUGCUGAUAUAACAGUGAUGGAAAUAGGGUUGCUUAGUAUUAAGGGGGGUGCAGAAGCUGUUGUUAUGGCUCAAAGUCACAUUCAGCAGUUUGUGAAGCUUUUUGAGAACAACGAAAGCUUGUUAAAUGACAACGAAUCAGAGAUUAAAAGGCAUUUCAGACAAUUUGUGGAAGCACAUGCAGAUAAAUAUACAAUGGAUUUACUGAUUUUGCCUAGCUCGCUAAAAAGAGAGCUGCUAGCUCUCACACAAACUGAAUGUUGUGAAGCGGAGAGCAAUACCAUAGAUCUUACAGGCUCUGAAAGCCCAACUGAGUUUUCAAAAAAUAAAGCCUCCAAAGCAAUCACUACAAAGAGAGAUGGAAAAGCAGCUGGUGAAGCAAGAAGCAAUGCUGGGACACCUGUAACUGAGCUUACAAAGCAAAUGGACACUGUGUUUUCUGAUGCUUCUGAAACAAGGUUUGUUCCCAUAAGUUUGCCUGCGAUAGAGGCAGUGGUGUCUAAAGAAAGGCAAUCUUGUAAAAGAAGGUCUUCUGAUGAGGAGGAAAGGCUCUCUAAAAAGCAGUUUUCUUUGGAAAAUAAUCAGGAAGCGAAAUCUGCUUCAUGCUGUAAUCCUUCAAACAGUGAUGCAGUUAUUGAUUUGGUUUCGGAUAGCUGCAGUGAUUCAGGUGAUGAUAUCAGUGAAGAAAUGGAAUAUAAGAUUCUUGUUAACUUUUUCAGAACAAUGGGAUAUUCCCAAAGUAUUGUAGAAAAAGUUAUUGGUAUCCUAGGACAAUCUGUGGAACCAUUAAUAUUGCUAGAAGAAAUUGAAAAGGAACAUUUAAAAAUUCAAAAAGAACAUGAGCAGUCGUCUCAAAAACCUGGAACUGUCAAUCCUGAUUUAGGCAGUAGUGCAAAUAAUUCACAAAUGCUAGGAGACAAAGGUAUUUCUCUACAAAAAAGUCCACUUCAAUCUAGUUGUGCUUCAAAAGAGGUAAAAAAUGAGUGUAAUAGAGCUUCAUCAAGCAUGCAAGCUGAUACAGAAGAUAAAAUGUUGGUAUGCAAAUCUGCUUCUCCUUCUGGAAAAAAAUCAGCUGUAUGCUAUAAACAAAAAGACACUAACUGCCCUUGUAAGAAUCACAGUGCAAGGUCAGGUGAUACAGAAACUGAUGGUGACAUAACCAUUGUUUCUAUGCAAGCUGGAGCUCCAAAAGAUACUGAUUUUGUGGCCAGAGGGAGCUCUGAUGUGUGUAUCUCAACUAAUACUAAAACUGCAGUUCAGCACAAAUCCACAAGGCCCUCAACUGUACAAAAUAGUUGUCCUGGUUUUGAGGACCAGCUGGGACACUGCAGCUCUUCUCAAGUGAGAUCUCUCAACCAACAUCUUUCCCAAACGUCAAAUACUGAAAAUCCUGUUGCAGACCAGGUAUUCUCUUCAAAGAUAAGUCCUUCAAAUCCUGAUAGCAAGAAUGUGGGGCCACACAAAAGUCAUCGUGAUCCUUCAGUUACUGGAGUUCAAAGAUUUUUGGAUUCUCUGAAAAAGCCAUACAAACUGGAGUUGAAAAAUGAACCUGGGAAUCCAUAUUUAAAACACAUCAUUAUCGAUGGAAGCAAUGUUGCAAUUUCUCAUGGUCUUCGGAAGUUCUUCUCCUGUCGAGGAAUUGCAAUAGCUGUUGACUACUUUUGGAAACGUGGCCACAGGAAUAUUACUGUAUUUGUUCCACAGUGGAGAACAAGACGUGAUCCUUACAUUACAGAGCAGGAUUUCCUAACACAGCUCCAAGAUGUUGGAAUACUGUCUUUAACUCCUGCAAGGAUGGUUUUAGGAGCAAGAAUUGCUGCUCAUGAUGACAGGUUUUUGCUACAUCUUGCUGAUAAAACUGGAGGUGUUAUUGUGACUAAUGAUAACUUCAGAGAAUUUGUGUCAGAAUCACUUGCCUGGAGAGAUAUUAUUCAAAAAAGAUUGCUGCAGUACACUUUUGCUGGUGACAUAUUUAUGGUUCCCGAUGAUCCCUUGGGAAGAAACGGACCUAGAUUAGAUGACUUCCUUCGCAAUGAAGGCGGUUACAGAGGUUUUCAUUCAGCCCAGAAUGUUUUUCAGAGCAGUGGACAGUAUUCUUCUGAGACACCUUUCUUCAAACCAGGCCCCAAUCCAACCAGUAGCAGUCGACAGCCUCAAAACAGAGUGUAUGGUGAUCAUGCAUCAACAUGGCUUCCAGUGGAAACAAACAUAAACUCUUGUCUAGCAGUUCCACCACAGAGAUCUGCCUCAGAAACAGUACAACUAAGAGAAGCCUUGAUAAAAAUUUUUCCUGACUAUGAGCAAAGACAGAAGAUUGAUCAAAUACUAGCUGAUCAUCCAUUCAUGAGAGAUCUUAAUGCACUUUCUGCCAUGGUGCUUGACUGAACAUUAUGAAGGGUUUUUAUACUACCACUCAUCAGACUAACUUUGAAUAUCAAUGUGAAGAAAAUUUUGCUCUGCAUUACUUUGUGAAUAUUCAAAACCUAAUUUUAUUUGUAUAAACAAAGAUAUUUUUUUUCUGUAUGUUCUGUUGCUAAUAGAUGCCAGGGUUUGGUUAAUUAAAAACUGCUGCUACUACA